CCUUCUGGUCCAUUGUGUCACCUGAAACAAAGCUUAAUUCUGCUGUCCCAAAAUGCACCCACACAGUUAACGACAACCGAUACACAACGCAAUUUCCCCAUCGCUUUUUCCGCUGAACAGUCCCGUUGCUUCUCUGCAACUACUUCUUCCUCACUCCAAACCACAAUUUCACCUUCUUUUUCAAUUUUCCCCCCGACCCAUUUCGUAAUCAGCCAAUUCUGACCCCCCAGCUGUUUUUUUGAACCCCUUAACGGGGAAUUAGGUGGGAAUCGCUCUGUUCUAAGUUUCACUGAUCCACUGUUUUAUACUUCAUUUCAAGUUCUCUCAGUUGGGUCGAGCUUGUUUUACAUCUGUUUUGGGUCAAUGGCCCUUCAUUCUGGCGCAUUCUGCUUCCAUGGUGUUCCUACCGUUACUCAUGAAUCUUUAAGACACAAGCAAUGGGCGGUGAAAUCUUCUGGGUUUUCGCGGCCCCGUGUAGUUUCCAAGUCCCAGUUGAAAGUGAAAGUGAAGGCAUUUUCUGGAGAUGGCGGUUUGGUGGAGUCAAAUGAUUCAUCUCUUGUAGUUUGUUUUGGAGAAAUGUUGAUUGAUUUUGUCCCUACUAUUAGUGGACUAUCUUUAGCUGAGGCACCUGCAUUCAAAAAGGCUCCAGGUGGUGCACCUGCAAAUGUUGCUGUUGGCAUAGCUCGUCUUGGAGGCUCAUCUGCUUUUAUAGGCAAGGUUGGUGCAGAUGAAUUUGGUUACAUGCUUGCUGAUAUAUUAAAGGAAAACAAUGUGUGCAAUGAAGGGAUGCUGUUUGAUCCUGGCGCACGAACUGCUUUAGCAUUUGUUACGUUGAGGAAUGAUGGGGAACGUGAGUUCAUGUUUUAUCGUAACCCCAGUGCUGACAUGUUACUUCAGGAAUCUGAAAUCAAUUAUGAUUUAAUCAGGAAGGCAAAGAUCUUCCAUUAUGGUUCUAUCAGUCUUAUCACUGAACCAUGCAAGUCUGCUCACAUUGCUGCCGCUAAAGCUGCAAAAGAUGCUGGUGCUGUUCUUUCCUAUGAUCCUAAUUUGAGGCUCCCUCUGUGGCCUUCUGCAGAUAGUGCAAUUGAAGGGAUUCUAAGCAUAUGGGAUAUCGCUGAUAUUAUUAAGAUAAGUGAAGAAGAGAUUAAUUUUCUGACAAGAGGAGAAGAUCCAUUUGAUGAUGCUGUUGUUCGUAAACUGUUUCAUCCAAAUCUUAAAUUGCUUCUGGUCACUGAAGGUCCUGGUGGUUGUAGAUACUAUACCAAGGAAUUCAGUGGAAGAGUGAAGGGUCUAAAGGUGGAUGCAGUUGACACCACUGGUGCAGGGGAUGCUUUUGUUGCUGGCAUUUUGUCUCAGCUAGCAACUGACCUCUCUUUGCUUCAGAAAGAGGACAAACUUAGAGAAGCUCUCCUAUUUGCUAAUGCUUGUGGUGCAUUGACUGUUAUGGAGAGAGGGGCCAUCCCUGCUUUACCAAACAAAGAUGCUGUUCUGAAUGCAAUCUUCAAAACUGUGCCCUAAGCCAUUGUUUUUCUGUCUAGAUCUGUAUGUAUAAUAAUUAAUAACCAAGACUUGAUUUCCACAAAUUUUGGGCAGAUUUUAGUUUCUCUCCCAAUUGUUGCUGCUGUAUGAUAUGAUUUAGCAGCUUGUGAAGUUGUUUAAUUCUGUAGAUUGGAUCUUCCAUUGCAUUGAAAUGAUCAUGUCUAUGCCAUUUAUGGCAAUGAAACAACGAUUGAUUUGGCCCU